UCCGCAGUUUGGCGCUGGACUCGCGGCUACAGCGGUCUUUCCUCACAUUUUCAGACUUUAUCUGCUUAUUUUUGUUUUUCAAAACUCAAACCUCCGCUUUUUAUGGACCACCAUGUCCGACGAGGAGAAUAAAGUGUCCGAAGAGCUUUUCAAAGACGUGAAAUUCUACGUGGUGGGAGACAUUGACCAAAAGGUGGUGCAGCUGUUGAAAGCGGGCAAAGGGAAAGAGGUUUCGUACAAUGCUUUGGCCACUCACAUCAUCGCAGAGGAUGGAGACAACCCAGAGGUCAGCGAGUCCAGGGAGGUCUUCGAUCUGCCCGUCGUCAAGCCUUCUUGGGUGAUCCUCUCUGUUCGCUGUGGAGACCUUCUGCCUGUGACAGGGUUUUCUCCAGAAUCAGGACAGAUCUUCUUUGGGGUUAACACGUGUCUCCCUCGGAUUCCCGAGGACCUGAACACUCUCUGGGCCUAUGUCACAUUCUAUGGAGGCAGCUGUCAACUCAACCUCAACAGGAAAGUCACCCAUUUAGUUGUGAAAGAACCCAAAGGGGCGAAGUAUGAAUGUGCUCUGAAACACCCCAGCAUCAGGAUUGUCACUCCAGACUGGAUCACAGACUCUGUCAAAGAUAAGAGUCGUAAGGAGGAGUCUCUUUACCACCCACGGCUCACCUACAUAGAGCCAGAGGAGCAGAGCGAGGAGGAGUCGGACCUGAGCUCCAGGAGGUCCCCAGGGUCCAGUUCAUCUGAGUCCAGCCCACGCAGACGUCCUGGCCCCAAGAAGUUCAACUCUGUGUCCCCACCACCCCGCAAGCCAGAGCGACGCCUGGAGCGCAUGUUUGACGAUUCCGAUGACGACUCCCCCAACGAGAAGGAGGGACCGAAUCUGAACUGGACCCCAGCCGAGGUGACUCCUAGCCUGGGUACAGCACGGAGGAGAACGGGGCCCCCAGGCACCAGAGAGCCAACCUCCACAGCAGCAGCAGCAGCAGGAGGAGGAGCAGGAGCUAGUGGGAUGAUCAAUCUCUGCGCCUCUGUCCCAGUCCACGCACCUGGAGCUGGCGCAGUGCCCGAGGGACGCCCUGCUGCUACGCCCAUGAACCAGGCUCCACCUCCAGGAGCGAUUCCUGGAGGCCCAGAAGCGAUGCCCGGCUGGAGUCCUGCUGCUCGGACUUUAAGGAACAUCACCAACAACUCAGAGAGACCAGGGCCCAUGGUUCAUCCCAAACUGUCAGGUCAGCCCCUCCCUGGAGACCAUCCCCAGCCUCACCCACCUGUGCCCCAGCAGCAGUUCACUCCUCAGGGCACACACCCACAGCAUCUGCCCCUCCAUCUCCAGAACCAGCACCACAUGAUGCAGCUCCACCACCACCAACAGCAGCAGCAGCAGCUACAGCAGCAGCAGCAACUACAGCAGCAGCAAGUCCCGGGUCAAGUCCAAGUUCAGGGUCCAGUCCAGGUCCAGGUCCCAGGUCCGGUCCAGGUCCAGGUUCAGGGGGGGCAGGGCUUCCCUCACCCCAUGUCCCAACAGCAGCGCCCAAUGUCACAGCAGCACCCGCACCAAAUGGCUCAGGCUCCACAGCUCCCCCUAUCACAGCAGCGGUUCAUGCAGCAUCCUCAGCUCCGCCCACAACACCCGCUCCAUCAGCUCCAGCAGCAGAGAAUGCACAUGCUGCAGCAACAGCAUUUACAAAACCAACAAACACAUUUACAAAACCAACAACAAAACCAACAACAAACACCAGCCCAUCACCCACAACCGCACCCACAGCAGCAGCAGCAGCAGCUGGGCCAGACUCACCUCCACCCACACCACCUUCAGCAGAGCCACUUCCUCCACCAAACCCAGCACUUGCACAAUCAGCACCAGAGUCUGCAGGUCCUCCAGCAGCCACAAGGGGCGCCACUGAGCACACAGCUCUACGGGCACGAGCCAGGCCAAGAGGUUCCUCCGGAUGGGUUCCUGGUGGGCUGUGUUUUUGCCAUUGCUGAUUAUCCAGAACAAAUGGCUGACAAACAGCUCCUGGCCACGUGGAAACGGGUGAUCCAGGCGUGUGGGGGUCUGGCCGAUAACACUCUGACCAGUCGCUGCACUCAUUUACUCUGUGAGAGUCAAGUCAGUAACAUGUAUGUUCAGGCUCUGAGAGAGGGGAAGAGGUGUGUUACUGCUCACUGGCUCAACACGGUUCUGAAGAAAAAAAAGAUGGUUCCUCCGAGUCGGACACUGCACCUGCCUUUCGCCUUUCCACCUGGAGCCAAGCCCUGCUCACAACACAUCAUCUCGGUAACGGGCUUCGUGGACUCUGAUCGGGACGACCUAAAGUUGAUGGCAUAUUUGGCAGGAGCACGGUACACAGGAUACCUCUGCCGCAGCAACACUGUUCUCAUCUGUAAAGAGCCGAGUGGACUGAAGUACGAGAAGGCCAAAGAGUGGAAGAUUCCCUGUGUGAACGCCCAGUGGCUGUGUGACGUGUUACUGGGGAACUUUGAGGCUUUGAGGCAAAUCCAGCACAGCAGAUACCAGAAUUACAACCACCCAGAACCUCUGGCCCCCAACCCCCAGCUCGUCAUCAACCUGCUGGGUGCGUGGAGAGCUCCAAUCAAAGUGACUCCAGAGGCCUUAGCGAACCUACAGCUGCAGAAACAGAAACUGAACUCCAACAGUGAACCAGCCAAUAAGAAGGCCAGGUUGGACGAAGUGCAAUCCCCGGGUCAGAAGCUGCCUCCUGAGUCCACUCCUCUGGUCAUGUUCACGGGGUUUGAACCUGCUCUGGUCCAACAGUACACCAAGUGGGUGCACGCAUUGGGGGGAGAGGUGGCAGACUCCGGACACAGGGUCACUCACCUUUUGGCGUCUAAGGUGUCGCGGACGGUGAAGUUUCUGACCGCCAUGUCUGUGGUCAAACACAUCGUGAGACCCGAGUGGUUAGAGGAGAGCUGGAGGAGCCAGAAGUUUGUGGACGAGCAGAGCUUCACCCUGAGAGACGCAGAGGCCGAGGUUCUGUUCAGCUUUAGUUUGGAGGAGUCUCUGAAACGGGCCCAGAGCUCGCAGCUGUUUAAGGGUAAAUACUUCUACCUGACCCCUGGCAUGUGCCCCAGCCUCAGCACCAUGAAGGCCAUCCUGGAGAGUGCAGGGGGCAAACUGCUGCCCAAACUGCCCUCGUCCAAGAAGGUCCUGGAGCACCGCCAGAACAAGAAUCUUCCAGAAAUCAUAUUGAUUUCCUGUGACAAUGACCUGCACCUUCUCAGAGACUACUUUCUCAAAAACAUUGAUGUGCACAACGCAGAGUUCAUUCUGAGUGGAGUCCUCACACAGAAGAUCGAUUACGACUCGUAUAAAUUCACCUGAUGAAGAGCGUGACCUUCCUGACCCCUGACCUCCGACCAGAGCCUUUUGUAUGUUUGUAUGUGACCUGUGCAUAGAGCUUUUCUAGGCCUUUGUUAAAGAAAUACCUGGGGGUUAUUUUUGUCAAAUGAAUGUUUAAAUUAUGAAAGAUUUUAACCUUUUUGCUGUUGCUAAAGUAAAAUGUAAAUACUUUGGAAAUAAAAUUGUACAUAUGCUUGUG